CUCUCUCUCUCUCUCUCUCUCUCUUCCAACCCUACCUCUCUUCUAAACCCUAAAUUCCUCUAAAAAAAAUCCAAUCUUUCCUUUACUUUCUUUCUUUCCUCAACAAAAUGCCCAACCCCAUCAACCUCAAACAAAUUUUCAUCAAGAAAUGGAUCAUGGGUCUAAACCCCAUCACCUUCUCAAACACAAACAUGAACUUCUUAGAGAGAAAAAACGCCAUAAAAGCAGCCUCCGACUUGGCCAUGGCUGCAACGAGAAACGGAGCGACUCAUUGGAGUCGAGCCAUCAUUGCCAAAUCUAUACAAGCUCCACCUGAGGCCAAGCUUCGAAGGAAGACGAUGCUACGUAAGAUUGCUCGAAAAGUGGCUAGGAGUCGCACGCACCUGUCGAGGUCGAGGUCCGUAGCGAGAUCAGUUGCUAAGAGAUUGGUUCAUAAAAGGACCAAACUUCUAAGGAGUUUGGUUCCUGGGGGAGAGUUUAUGAAGGAUGAAGCUUUGUUGAUUGAUGAAGCCCUAGAUUACAUAUCAUUUCUUCGAGUUCAAGUUGAUGGAAUGCGGUUUCUUGCUGAUUGCAAAUGAGAAUUCCAAAUUCAUAAGUCUUCAAUAUUGUACAGGUGAAAAAAGUAUACCUUUAAGUGAAUUUAAAGUUUAUUUUUUUCUUUGUUAUAUAUAUAUAUAUAUGUUUUCCAAUUUUAAUAUUGAUGUUUUGCAAUGAUUAAGUACCAAAAGACAAGAAGAAUGAUCCAUGUUGUAAAUGUGUCCAAAGCUUCUCAAGUUGAUUAUUUGGUUUCAAUU